UCGCUCAAGUUGCAUGUUCUCCUCAGCCCCAAAACGCAACAAGACGCGUCGCGAUUUGUUUUUGGCUCUUACAUUUGUAUUUUCCCGUAUACCCUCUUAAAUAUUUGUCGUUUUUUUUUUGUGCACAUAUAAAAUUUUUAAUUGAACAAAAACAAUACUCGGGAGUUUUGUCCCGUUUAAGUUUCCUCAAAGCGAAUGAGCUCCAGCAGAGUACGAGCAGAGUUUGGUUUUAAUUUUUGAGCAUCCGCACCUCUAAUCCAUACAAAUGCUCAUCAGAUCGAACUGAGGCCCAACCAGGAUAAGACACGUGCUUCCAAUCACCUGUCAGUCGUCUCGAGUCUGAAACUUAGCCAGACGCAGGAGCAUAACAAGAGUGUAGCAGGCCAAAAAAAGAUUAUCAGCUGGAGGGAACUGUAAGAUGGGCAAGAAGAACUCGAAAUUGAAGCAGGACACCAUCGAUCGCCUGACAACGGACACUUACUUCACCGAAAAGGAAAUUCGACAAUGGCACAAAGGUUUUUUGAAAGACUGUCCGAAUGGUUUGCUGACCGAACAAGGCUUCAUCAAAAUCUAUAAGCAAUUUUUCCCAGAUGGAGACCCCAGCAAAUUUGCUUCUUUGGUAUUCCGAGUCUUUGAUGAGAAUAAUGAUGGGGCCAUUGAGUUCGAGGAGUUCAUACGGGCCUUGUCGAUAACAUCGAGGGGAAAUUUGGAUGAGAAGCUGCAUUGGGCCUUCCGUUUGUAUGAUGUGGACAACGACGGUUACAUAACGCGCGAGGAGAUGUACAACAUUGUGGAUGCCAUCUACCAGAUGGUCGGCCAGCAGCCGCAGACGGAGGACGAGAACACGCCGCAAAAGCGGGUGGACAAGAUAUUCGAUCAGAUGGACAAGAACCAUGACGACCGCCUCACUCUCGAGGAGUUCCGCGAGGGAAGUAAAGCUGAUCCACGUAUAGUCCAGGCGUUAAGUUUAGGUGGUGAUUAACUGCAAUAUUUGUAGUUGCGUUAAUAACUGUUGGGGUGGUCCAUAGUGGGAAUGGAAGCUGAGGCAGAACAUCAAUGGGCACGGAAGAAGGAGCUAGUCAGUGAUAUGAGACAACGAACUCCACCCAAUCCCUCAGAUUCACAGCAAAAAAUACAGCAAUGUAUGUGGAUCUUGAUUUGAAUCGAUACUCACACACCCUCUUGUUUUUACCAAAUGUCCUCUCUACACACACACACACACACAGGCACAACGACACAACCAUGCAACCAAAUCGGAUCCUUAUUUCAUAUUAACAAAAAAUAAAUAUGAAUCCAUGUACAUAUAUCUGAGUAAGGAUAUAUAUUUAUCUGUAUAAGAUGGAUAAAUAUUUAAAUUAUCAAAUGCCAGAACUUCAAAGAAAAAAUUCACCAAUUAAAAUUAAAUUAUUAACAAAAGAACGCCAAUUUAUGUCAAAUGCAACAAAAACAUAUUUAAUAAUAUAUAUGUACAUAUUUGUACAAAAACAGAGAUAAACAUACAUCAAAAUAUGCAUGUUGAGGGUCAGUUCAGCCUCUUAUGGAUAAAAGCGUGUGUAAAAUAAUGUUCCAAUAAUCUUAUCCAAUGAAAAUUUUUUUAUAUGUAAAUGCAGUGGAAACUCGCAAUAAUUAAAGAAAAUCUAAAAUUCCGUAAACAAAUUUGACUUCUUAAAACAUUUUUGAACAUUCAUUUUGAUUCUUAAUUAAAUACACUAAAAUAAUCGGUUCUAACUUCUGAACAUUUAACAUUUUUGAUAUUCCACUGUAUUGCAUAAGUAUCGAGAAAACUUUACUUUAUUGAAAAGUAAUUAUAAAUCAAAGCAAGAUAGAGAGAGAACUCUCCGAUAUUGAUUUGGAUUUAUGUACAUUACUCAAUAUGUAGAUCUAUGUAUGCUAAUACUUCUACAAAUACAAAUACAUACGCAUAUAUUGAGCAUAACUGACCGACUGUCAUGCUGUACUUUGCACGAGUCAAAAAUUAGGUUGAAUCAGUUCUUAAAGCUAAAAGACACGAGCAAGGUGUAUAAAAUAUCCAGGCCUACAGCCUUACUUUUGUCUUGUGCAAAAUAAAUUCAAACGUUUCCAUUUUGUCGCAGAGCGUUACUACUUAUUGUAUACUCUGAGUGAGCGCUUUGCCGACACAUCUACUAACUGUUGAUAAUCGAAAAAAAUACCCACACAUAAGUAAAUAAUUACUCUCUAACUAACUGAAUACACUAGAUAGAUAGCAUAUAAAAAGUUGUUGAAAUAGUCAUAUUUUUGCUUCUGAAAGCGACGUGUCAUGUCCCAUGUGAGUGUGGUGCUGCACCACCUCUAUCAAUGGCUACCCUCACUCAUUUCAUCCCUUAGACCCAUACUAGAUCAGUGACAGCCACCCACACUACACACUAGGGACAGGAGCACAAUUUUCUAAUACAAAUAUCAACAUAAGCCAUUUAUUGAGACACCCUCCCUAUCUCCACCACAGAGCUUGAAGUAUACCACCAUAUCAAAGUAGGAAACUUUACUGAAUCUGAAACUAUCGCCUGAAUCAUCGAAACUGUCUCUGUCUCUCUAUUUAUAUCGCUCUAUCUUUUUUUUCGAUCCUGUCGGACUGUUGCUAUUGAUUUUAGUUCUGCUUCUCUUUCUACCAUAAAAUGGAGCCCCCUAAUCACCAUGCUAAAAUAAUUUCUAUUUUAUAUGUGGUUCAGCUUUAGAUCGUAACGAAACACCAAUGUAAAGAAAUCUUUCUCUGUGCUCCGACUCAUGCUUCCACCCCCCAUCCGAAUAUUCCAUUGUAUUAUUUAUUCUACAUACCUAUCGUGUCAUCCCCAGUUAUUUUUGUUGCAUUGCCUUGUAGAAAUCUGAUUAAAUUUAAAAUAUAGUCAGUUCAGUUGUCAAUCAGGUUUCACUUUGGAACAGCCCCCAGAUAAUGCGAUUAGUUACCAAAUUUUGAAUGUGCUUCUGAUUUUGAUUUGCCUGAACAACAGAAUAUGCCUAUGGUAGUGUUGUCGCAUAAACAGACAGAUUCCAAUUGAAUAAUUUUUGAAUAUUUUGAUUAUUAAAUGAAAUGCCAAGCAGUCGUAGGAAUUGCAGAAAACAACAUCUAGUUAUUCACGAAAAAUAAGAAUCAAUUUGGUGGGAAAAAAAAGAAAAAAAAACUGCAUCAACAAUCAAUUUGUGCGCUUCUUAUACUCGAUUUCGAGUAUCUAUACACAUAUACAUAUAUAGAUAAAUAAGUAUUAAAGCCAAUUUAAUUGAUUUAUUGCCAGCUAUAUACAUACAUAGAUAACACACGUACCCAAGUAAAUAUUGAUAUUGUUUUUGCCAAUAUUUAUUGUUGAAAACAAUUUGAAUUUUAAAUUCUAAGCAGCUCGCAAAUGCUUGCAUGCUUUCUGCAGUCCUAUUUAACAAUUUAAAAAAAAAAACUGAUAAAUGUUACAACGCGAGUCGGAGAAAUUACAGAAAACGAUAUCUACACAUAUUGAAUAAUCUUAAACGUAUUCACUACAAAUAAAAAUCAAUUUCUUGGAGAAAAAAAAAAAUGGAAACAAAUGCAUCAACAAUCAAUUUUUGCGCUUCUUAUACUGGACUUUGAACUCAAACUCGAAAUUUUUGUGAACAAUUGUACAUAGUAUGUUUGUAUAAGAAGGAGGUUUUGAGAACUCCAGCAAAACUUAAACAAAACCUAGAAUCUAAGACACUCCUCACGAAGGAAAACACCAAGAUAUUUGUAUAGUCGAAAGCUAACGAGUAAUCUCGCUAUUUUUUUUUUAUACACUACAUAUAUAUUUUUUGGGUACUUUACUUGGAAGCUACUUGCGCACAAUAUUUUCAUGUUAACGAUAACUAAUAACGAGUUUGAUUACAGAUUAUUUAAAACUGCAAAA